CCUCACGUCUGGAGACCCGAAGCACAGGGAGCCCUCGGGCGAGGUUCACCGGAGCGGUGUGUGUCGGGCAGGCAGAGCCCGGGCCUGGAGCUCAUGACUUGCCUUCAGCUGAUCAGAUUGAAUUACUGAGUCGGUAUUCUAGGCUUGCUGACAAAUGGAUGACAACUACUCUAAAGAGUUUAAUGGCAGUGGUGAUAAUUUUGGAGAUGAACAUCUCAAAAAGAGAAAUUUGUCUGGUUCUGAUUCAUCAAAAGAGAUCAGGAAAGCUGUUGAACAGUGUCUGUUGUCAUCUUCAAGUACUCUUGAUGUCAGCAGAAAAAAUAUUAAGCAUCUUACUGAGGAAAUAUAUAGACUGCCCAGCAUAAAGUACUUUCAUCUGGAAGGAAAUGUCAUAUCAACGAUUCCCGAGGAUUUAUUUCAAAAGCUGCCAUAUCUUGUUUGGCUGGAUCUCCGGUAUAACAAGAUUAAAGCUCUUCCCCCUGGAAUCGGUUACCACAGGCAAUUGAAAACUCUGCUUUUAGAAAGGAAUCCUAUAAAAGAGCUACCUGCAGAGCUUGGAAACUUAACUUCGUUGACAGCCUUGAAUCUGAGACACUGUCCCCUUGAAUUUCCACCUAAAGAUGUCAUACAAAAGGGAUUAAAAUCCAUCCUGUGCUUUCUUCGGGAUUCUGGGAAUGGAAAACUACUCUGUAUGGAGCCAGCCACUUCAGUAGAAAUGCCACCUGUUGAAAAGCUAAACUUAAGUGAACUGUUGCAGUCCGGUUUGGAUUUGUCAGAGGAGUGGCCUAAUGAAGAGGAAAAGCUAAGAUUUCAGAAGCUGAAAGAAGAAAUUAUAAAAGAUGAAAAAGAAGAAUUUCUUGCUGACGAAUGUAUAGGUGGAAUCCAUGAUUUUACUGAAGCAGGGAAAAACCACAGAAAGAAAGAACAGCUCUACUCAGAGUCAGCUAGUCUUUGCAGCAAUAAAGAAAUGCUUCAGGAAUGGCGCAGCCAAGCGAAGUUGAUGAAAGAAAAAAAAGAAACGUUUAGAUUUUCACCUACAAAUGCCGCUAUGAUACCAAAAAGUGCAUCACAUGCUACUGAUAACAUCAGUUACUACACCAUGAAAGAGGGAGCUGAGAAACAGGACCGUACACCUGAAACAAUGGAAGAAAGGUUGCUGAGAGUAAAAGAUGAAACUACAAGAUCCCUCAGAGAAGAGAAACUGGAAUGGUGCGUCAAACAGCACAGGCAAAUGAUGAAAGCAAGAGGGGAAAAAUUAAAAGGAACAUCCCAAAUGGAAAUGAAGAAAGCAAAACAAGACAUUGAGACAGUUGAAGAUCUACAGACCAAGCUAGCAAAAACAAAACGACUCCCCCCUCUCCCGGAGUAUCAUCUCACAGCCUUCAUGGGGGAGUUUCCACCUGACUCACCAAGAAUGCAAACUCAUAAGAUCUUCUCCAGUAGCAAAUUCUGAUUGCCUGGAAUUGUUAAAGUCUGAAAUGUUUACUUCAUAAGAAUGAGAAUUAGAACAGCCUCCUCUUCUCGCUUAGUCUUCCCGACUGCAUUUGACAAUGUUAAACCUGUAAUGAUAAUCAAUCUGCUUUAACUGACUGUAAAAUUUGUCUCUUUUAGAAGGUUUGUGGUAGUGUUGUAAAGGGUUUUCUUCAGCUUCUCUGCACAUUUUUCUCAAGCAUGCUUCUAUAGUCUUACGAAAAUCUUAUGAAAAUAAAAUUCAAAAAUUGUCCCU